AUGGUUUCCAAGACUUUCAUCAUCACGGCUAUGAUUGCCUACGUCCAGGCCCGUUUCGGCCAGGAGCAAGUCCCCAUCGACGCUAUCAGUCAAGUCCAGGGUGGCGAUGGUGGUGCCGCUGCUACUAUUGCUGGUGCAGCCAUCUCUGACCUUCUCGGUGGAGCAAACUCUUGCGAUAAGCUCGUCCGUGCUGAUCAGAUCUUCACUGAACUCGGUGGCGGUGCUGAUGCCCUUGCUGCUGCCAUUGGUAUGGUGACUGCGGAGAAGAACACCAACCCCUUCGCUGGCGGCAACGCACAGAACGUCUGUGGCGAUGCUUCGCUUCCGGCUACUGCUGAGCUUCGUGGUAUUACUCCUCUCAUCGACCCUGACGUCGAUGUCAACGGUGAUGCUGCUGCCCUUAGCGCCAGCAGUGCUGCGUCUCCUCUUGCCGCUGAUGGUCUGAGUGUCUUUGACCUCAUGGACCAGGCUGGUCUCGGCGACCUCGUUGUUAGCCAGGCUUCGGCUGGUGGUGCUGCCGCUGGUGGUGCUGCCGCUGGUGGUGCUGCCGCUGGUGGUGCUGCUGCGGGCGGUGCUGCUGCCGACGGUGCUGCUCAGGGUGGCAACCAGGCGGCUGCUGGUAACGGCAAUGCCAACGCUGGUAACAACGCCAACGCUGGUAACAACGCCAAUGCUGGUAACAACGCCAACGCUGGCAACAAUGCCAAUGCUGGUAACGGAGCUGCCAAUGCCGGCAACGCGAACAACAACGCUGGUAACGCUACUGCUGGUAACGAUGCCGCUGCUGGUAACGACAACGCGAACAACCAGAACGACAACGCCAAUGCUGGUAACAACAACGAUGCUGCGGCUGGUAACAACAACGCUGGCAAUGCCAACAACAACCAGAACCAGAACAACAAUGCCAACGCCGGCAACGACAACGCAGCUGACAACGCUGGAAACGCCAACAACAACGCUGGAAACAACGCCAACAACCAGCAAGAUGCCGCCGCCGGUAACGAUAACGCCAAUGCCGGCAACCAGAACAACAACAACGCCAACGCCGGUAACAACGCAAACAACCAGCAAGACGCCGCUGCCGGAAACAACAAUGCCGGAGCUGAUGCUGGUGCCGAUGCCGGUGCCGACGCAGGCAACGCAGCAGCAGGCGGUGCCGGCGGCGCCGAAGACUUCGGUCUCUGCACGCCCACCAUCACCUUCCAAGGCGGCGAGAACGGGCGCCCCGCCGACGAAUUCACCUUCCAGAUCGCGGACCCGCUCGCGCGCGGCGGCCAAGGCGAAGCCCUCAACCCGGACAUCAUCACCAACGCGCUCUGCAACCAGCUGACCAACGUGUGCGAAGCCAACGAGGCUGCUGUGGCUACUUGCGAGAGCGCUGCUGCGGCUGUUCAGGGCGGAGACAGGAACAAGGCGCUUGCUGAUCAGUUUAACGAGCUUGUUGGAUUCCCUGGUGCGGUUACCAACCCGGAUGGUGGUGCGGAGGAUGUUGGUGCUGCGGCGAAGGCGAGGAAGAUGCGUCGUGGUCUUAGGUUGUAA